AGUACAAGAUUAUUCUGCAAAUGAAUACCCUUGGACAGAAAAAGUGUCUUGGUUCUAUCCAAAGGAUGAAGUCCAAGCUGAAAAGUAUGAGAUGUCUAAUGGAUUAGAGGACAGCAUAGAGGAGAGUGAUAUUGUUGAUCAAACUGAUCAUAAUGGCAUGAACAAAACUAGCAAUGAAGAGAAGUUAAAGCCAGAAAAAGUAGAAAUUCUUUCAUGUGUUCAAAGAGAGAAUAUUUAUGAAAUGUCUUCUACAUAUAUAUUUAAUGAAAAUGGAAAAGAAAGUGGCUCUUAUGAGGAGGUAAAAGAGCAUGAUUGUGAAAUAGCCAAUGAUGAAUGUCAGCCUUCAGAACCUGGUGCCAAAACUAAAGAAGCAAAGAAAGCAGGUAGACUGAAUGGAGAAGAGGUGAACUUAAUUGAAAUGGAGGCAUGUUGUAAGAUUGGAGAAGAUCUUCUCAGGCUUGUUAAUGACUGCAAAACUAGUGAUAUCACCUUCCUUCUGAAUGGCACUGAAAGAAUCAAAGCUCACAGGUCUAUACUUUGUACUCGUUCAAGUUACUUCUCAGCAAUGUUGUAUGGUGGAUGGACAGAAGGCCAAGCUCAUGAGAUUCCUCUACAUGGGAUCCAAAGCUCAAGAGCUUUUCUGGCUGUGCUGUACUAUUUAUAUGGGGGAAUUACAAGACUACCAUUGGAGAUAGCAGACAUUUGCGAAGUGCUACGAUUGUCUGACAUGUACGGUCUGGAGGGAUUGAAAGAAGUUGCCUCUUGUCAGCUUAGGAUAGAAAAAUGUCAUUUAUUCCAUAAGCCUUGCUCAGAAUGCAUUGCUGGAGUGAUUGACUGCCUAGAUGUAUCGGAUCUGUUUCAACUUCCGGAUCUUAAAUCACAGUCUUUAAGAUGGAUUGUCAAGUACUUUGACCGGGUAUAUGGAACGAAGAAUUUUGCAAGUUUAAGCAAAACCUUGCAAGAGGAAACCCUUGCUCUCAUUCAAAGUACAAUGAGUUCUUCAAAUGUGUUGGAUUUGUUCAGUCGCGGGGAGAAGCUGUCAUCAAGUAUUCCUUGCAUCAAGUGGACAGAACCUGUGAUGCCUCUUGUCUCUUCUCACAUGGAUUCCUGUUUAUCUUACAUUGCAUCAAACUUUCCUGUAAUCGCAAGGCAACAAGCCUUUUUAGAUAUGUUGAAGGGUGUAGGCUGGUCAACCCCAUUACUGGAAAAAAUUUUAAAUUCGGUUUGCAAACAUUUAACUGUUAACAACUGUUGCGAACAGCUUAAAGAAGCCAUGAGACUUCAAAAUAUUCUCAACGCUGCUGUUUCUGAGGAAAGUUUUGAGAAAGAACAAUUUUCUGAGAAAUCGUACAAGUUAGUCGACAGUCUUCAAAGCAGAUGCCAGGAGUUUAUCGUUUCCAAUCUUCACCGCGUUUCUCAUACCGAGGGCUGGAAACAUCUUGGUCCAAAAACACAAAAUGAAGUGCGCAAGUCAAAAGGAGGAUUGUUUGUAGAUAUUGGACUUCCUAGGCAGGCGAAAAAACUAUUUUCUGAUCAAACAAAGAGACCACCUUUCGGCAAGAGGUCCGAAAAAAAUUCAUCAUCUACAAAAGCAUCAACAACUGGGCUGUCUUAUAGUGACAGGUCUCAAGGUUCUGCAGACAGGACUCCAAGGAGUGUCCAAGGCGCCACUUCGAACAGAAAUUUAGCAUCAGCAUCUGGAUUGGCCGCUCGUGGCAGACCUCCAGUUUCUGCUGGUUCUGCAAACAGGGCUCGAAGGAGCGUCCAAGACGCCACUUUGGAUAGGACUUCAGCAUCCGCGACUGGGCGGGCAUCUCGUGGCAGACCUCAAGGUUCGGAGAGUUCCGCAGACAUGACUCGAAGGAGCGUCCGGGACGCCACAUCAAACAGGACUUCAGCAUCCGCAACUGGGCAGGCAUCUGGUGGCAGACCUCAAGGCCCGGCUAGUUCCUCAGACAUAUCUCGAAGGAGCGUCAGACAAGCCACUUUAGACAGGACUUCAGCAUCAGCAACUGGUCAGGCAUCUCGUAGCAGACCUCAAGGCUCGGCUAGUUCCGCAGACAGGUCUCGAAGGAGCGUCCGGGACGCCACAUUAAACAGGACUUCAGCAUCCGCAACUGGGCAGGCAUCUCGUAGCACACCUCAAGGCUCGGCUAGUGCCGCAGACAGGUCUCGAAGGAGCGUCCCGGACGCCACUUUAGACAGGACUUCAGCAUCCACAACUGGACAGGCAUCUCGUAGCAGACCUCAAGGCUCGGCUAGUUCCGCAGACAGGUCUCGAAGGAGCGUCCAGAACGCCACUUUAGAAAGGACUUCAGCAUCAGCAACUGGGCAGGCAUCUGGUGGCAGACCUCAAGGCUCGGCUAUUGCCGCAGACAGGUCUCGAAGGAGCGUCCAGGACGCCACUUUAGACAGGACUUCAGCAUCAGCAACUGGGCAGGCAUCUCGUAGCAGAGCUCAAGGCUCGGCUAGUUCCGCAGACAGGUCUCGAAGACGCGUCCAAGACGCCACUUUAGAUAGGACUUCAGCAACUGGACAGGCAUCUCGUAGCACACCUCAAGGCUCGGCUAGUUCCGCAGAUAGGUCUCGAAGACGCGUCCAAGACGCCACUUUAGAUAGGACUUCAGCAACUGGGCAGGCAUCUCGUAGCAGACCUCAACUUUCUGCUGGUUCUGCAGACAGGAGUCGAAGAAGCGUCCAAGACGUCACGACAAGAACGGGUUUAACUUCAAUUUCUCGAACUGUCAAAGGCACGGCAGCGAAUAAUACCCCAUUAAUUGCGCCAAACCUGCAAAAUCUGUCAAAGCAAGAACCUAGCAAGCGGAAUUCAAGAUCAUCUGAUGCUUCGACAUCAAGGUCAAUAACUGCCAGCAUAUCAAAUAAGAAAAGGCCGAGUUCCUCUAAAACAGGUGUUAGAUCGACGACUCGCCCAGGAGGGUUACCACAUACACUUAGCCGUUCAUACUCCGUUGUUAAUCGAGCUAAACUUGUUGACGUGUCAGGGAGAAAAUAUCUUUCUGAUCCAUCAAUUUCUGAAAAAGGAAGAAAAGUAGAUAAGGGAUUUAACGAUUCAAGUAAAAUAAGACCAAAGACCCGUGGUCAAAUAAUUAGUGGAAGCAUAACAAUGAGUGAGAAUUCCAACCCAAGUAUAAGCAGGGCUGAUGGCAGUCGUAUAAAGUCAGCCCGGGAAAGUUUCGUUGGACCUGUUAGGCUAGCCCAAAGGGGGAAGCCUCAACAGAUCGUUGGUGACCAGAAUAAGAAACAGCAGAACGUUUCAGUAUAUUCGAAUCAGAAAGAUUCAGCCAGCAGUGCUAAGCCAAAACAAUUGGACACCCAGACCUCUAAAAGACCAUUAGCUGCACAACCAGUUCCAUACAGUCAAUCGUCCACUAUCCAAAACCAAACAAUAACAAUAGCAACGGGAUUAGAUUUGGAGGCAUCCAUCGGUGAAUUGACAUCAUCAGCUGUGUCAUCUGGAGAAUGUGAUAGAAUACUGUUGGAUGAGGCAGUACAAGCAUCGCAAAUAGAAGAAGAUAGAUUACUGGUGAAUGAGGCAGUAGAUCUAGAAGCAUCGCCAAUACAAGAAGAUGAUAGAAUACUGUUCAAUGAGGCAGGAGAAACAACGUCAAUACAAGAGGAUGAUAGAUUACUGACAUUGAAUGAGGCAGUAGAAGCAUCGCCAAUACAAGAGGAUGAUAGAUUACUAUUGAAUGAGGCAGCAGAAGCAUCGCCAAUACAAGAUGAUAGAAUACUGUUCAAUGAGGCAGGAGAAACAACGUCAAUACAAGAGGAUGAUAAAUUACUAUUGAAUGAGGCAGCAGAAUCAUCGCCAAUACAAGAGGAUGAUAGAUUACUAUUGAAUGAGGCAGCAGAAGCAUCGCCAAUACAAGAAGAUUAUAGAAUACUGUUCAAUGAGGCAGCAGAAUCAUCGCCAAUACAAGAAGAUGAUAGAAUACUGUUGAAUGAGGCAGGAGAAUCAUCGCCAAUACAAGAGGAUGAUAGAUUACUGGUGAAUGAGGCAGUAGAAGCAUCGCCAAUACAAGAAGAUGAUAGAAUACUGUUCAAUGAGGCAGCAGAAGCAUCGCCAAUACAAAAGGAUGAUAGAUUACUGGUGAAUGAGGCAGAAGAUCUAGAAGCAUCGCCCAUGCAAGAAGAUGAUAAUUCCUCUUCCUUGUCAUCGUCAUAAAUGAUAAAAUGUACGUACCAACGCAAGAUGAUGAUACUAUAGGACGACAGCAGGAAGACUUGCCGUCAUCAUCAUCAUCAUCCGAUUAUUAUUAUCAUCAUCAUCAUCUUAACCAUCAUCCUCUGGUGCAACUAAAGAAUCAAGAUUAUUAAGUGAAUAUCAUUAGAAGAUCAUUAUAAGUAAAAGCAUCAUCACCACCAGCUCAUCGCCAUCAUUCAUCAUCAUCAUUUUCACCAUCAUCGCUCUAUGGCACAAAGAAUCACUAAUGAUCACUGACGGUUAAACCCAUUCAUAAUUAGAGAGUUUUAGAUUUACGUUCACGGCAAACGUGAAGCGUCAGUUGACCAGUGAAAAAUUGUUUCAAAUUACUGAAAAGGAAUCGCAAAAAGUCCAAGUAGUAGAAAAACAAAAGAGUAUUUGCGCUUGGUGAGAAAGUUUGCAAGAGGUAAAGUGAAAUACAGGAAAACGAUGAAAACGUGGUCACGUUUACCGUUUGCGGGGAUAAAGAAAAGUCAAUCUAAAACUCAUUAUCUCAUUAUCCGUCCUCAUACGAAGAAUAAUAAUCCAUAAUAAUCAUAAAUCAUAGUAAUCCUCUAGUUUAUUUAUGACAAAGUUUUAAGUAAAAUCAUCACUUCCACCAUGGAUAUCAUCAUUAUCAUCACUGAGAUUAUUGAUAAGAGAAGAUAAAUUGAGAGUCAGCGAACUAAACGGCAUUGUUGUCAUUUUAUAGCAACAAAUCGUGUGAUUUUUCAUAAUUAUUUAUUGAAGUGAAAGAAUCGUGUUAUUUUUCAUAAUAAUUUAUACGAGUGACCCCAAUUAUAUUUAUUUCAAACUGAUAUAUUCCCACUUUGAUUUCUCUUUAAUUCGGUUACUGAGAACUUCCGCUUGGCCAGCAUAAACUACUGCAUCUACUUUCUCACAUAGUCAAAAGUAUUUGUUAGGCUUAAAAUAACCUUUGAAAGAAACGAGUGGGGUUGACAGGACGGAAAAGUGGAAAAAAAUUCCAAUAUGUAUACGCAAGAGAAUAUGAAGUAAGGCUGAAAGGGUAAACAGCGAGUUCACCUUUUCGGCGCUAGCCGUCACGGGGUAUAAAUUGUUUUAGAUUGUG